AAACAUGGCGGCGCCCACCGGAGAUGUUGAAGUGGCUGCUAAACCAAAGAAAACACCGACAGUCAGAGCACCGAGGAGAAUUGCUAAUCAGAUUCCUGAUGAGAUUCUUAAAGACCCUGAGCUUCAAGAGGCGAUUGGUGUCCUUCCUACCAACUACAACUUUGAGAUCCACAAAACAGUAUGGCGGGUGAGGCAGGCAAAGGCUAAAAGAGUGGCAUUGCAGCUGCCAGAGGGACUACAGAUGUUCGCCUGUGUGAUUGCUGACAUCAUUGAGAGGUUUACAGGAGCAGACACUUUGGUAAUGGGUGAUGUGACAUACGGGGCCUGCUGUGUGGACGACUUCACUGCCCGGGCUCUGGGAGCUGACUUCAUGGUGCAUUACGGACACAGUUGCCUAAUUCCUAUCGACACCACGGCAGGAAUAAAGAUGCUUUACGUGUUUGUGGACAUCCAGAUGGACACGGCUCAUUUCCUGGAUACGGUCCGGUUUAACUUCCCUAAAGGUCAUUCCCUCGCCCUCGUCAGCACCAUCCAGUUUGUUGCUGCUCUGCAGGCGGUGAGUGCAGAGCUAAAGCCAGAUUAUGAGGUGAUUGUUCCUCAGUGUCGGCCACUUUCUCCAGGAGAGAUACUGGGCUGCACCUCCCCUCGCCUCGACAAACACAUCAAUGCCAUCAUAUACCUUGGUGAUGGAAGAUUUCACUUGGAAUCAGUUAUGAUUGCCAACCCAGAUGUUCCAGCUUACAGGUAUGAUCCAUACAGUAAAGUGUUCUCUCGGGAGUAUUAUGACCACAAGGCUAUGCGAGCCAAUAGACUGCAGGCAAUAGAGAAGGCACGCUCAGCCCAGAGGUGGGGCCUCAUUCUGGGCACACUCGGACGCCAGGGCAAUCCCAAAAUUCUAGAGCAUUUAGAGUGGAAGCUGGCAGCUCUUGGCAGGUCGUCCACCAGGGUGCUUCUCUCAGAGAUCUUUCCCAGCAAGCUGGCGCUGAUGGCAGAUGUCGACGCAUGGGUCCAGAUUGCAUGUCCUCGUCUGUCGAUUGAUUGGGGCACGGCGUUCUCGAAGCCCCUGCUGUCUCCCUAUGAGGCAGCUGUAGCUCUGCAGCAGGUAGGAUGGCAGGAGGUGUAUCCGAUGGACUUCUAUUCCAAUCAAAGCCUUGGAUCUUGGACUCCAAAUCACCCGGACAACCAGCAUAGAAGACCUACACGAAAACAGCAGAAAGCAGAGUCCCACUGUGAACAGAGCGUCUCCUGUGGAUGUCAGCAGAAAUGAAAACUCUGCUUACCAGCACCAGCAGCCAAUCGUCAGAGUCUGAGUGUCUGCAGGAGGCAGCCAAUCGCAGGUCUUCACACAGCCCUGUUGUCAGAGCCUCAUGGAUAUUGGCACACAAAGCACUACAUCAAAUGAGCUUCUAUCAGAAUACAUUGGGAGUGUGUUUGUGAGUGCUGGGUGAGCCGGAGAGAGAGAGACGUGACCCUGAGAGCACUGUGUUUGUUUCAUAUUGCAGAAUGCAGGCGGCUUGUUAAACGCUUUUAGAAAUUUUGCAUUGUUGACCUUCAUCCAUUUAAUUACUGGCAGUAUUAACAGAAGAAUAAAAAUUGACUUAGGAAUUUAGAAUUUCUCUUUCUGCUUUACAGCUGUUGCAUUGCCAGUGGUUUUGUCACAACAUUAAUUGGAUAUGAAAUGUUGCACAUUUUGUUUUAUACCAAACCCAAAAGUCAGCUUUUUGUAAUUAUCAAAUGAUAAAAUAAAAAAAUAAAAAAAUAAAUAGUAAUGUCUU